AUGGCAGCCAGAAGGUCUGUGGAGAGCCUCAAAGAUGAAGCCUCCUGCUCUGUCUGCCUGGAACUUUUCCAGGACCCCGUGUCCAUCCUCUGCAGGUAUAGCUUUUGCCCGGCGUGCGUUGCUCAGAACUGGGAAGGAUUGACCACCAACUUCUCCUGCCCCCGGUUCACAGAGGUGGAAGGAUGGGAGAACUUGUGCAAGGAGCACCAGGAAGCCCUGAAGCUCUUCUGCAAAGAUGAGGAAAGGCUUAUCUGCGUGGUGUGCGACAGGUCCAAGGUGCACCGUAACCAUUCUGUGGUUCCCAUGGAUGAGGCCGCCCAAGAGUUU